AUGCUGCCCCAAGAAUCUGUAUGCGCCCAAACACCGCAGAAUCCCAAGGAAGAGGAGGAUCUGCAAGUCGAUAAGAGCAGCCGCAUUACGCCAAAGGGCAAUCAGCCGCGCGUCAAGCAAAAUGAGGCUUCUCAGUCUUCAACAGAAAAAAAGCCUGCAUCCUCUGGCUCCUGUUUGUCAGCUAAUGCGCCUCCGUACACUCCUCAGUCAUCAGCAGCGAAACAGGCAAUCAAAGCAGCGAACAGUUUAGGCGCCAUGACGGGGACGUUUGACUUGGGAUUCAUUCGUCCCUUUAAUUUCCCCCCUGGAAAUCAGCAGCAACAAGCUUUACAGCAACGACCCGGUUAUUCGUCCAUAGAUGCGCCCCUGCCGGCUUCUUCUGAUUCCAGGGUGUCUCGCCGAACAGAAUCAGCAGGAAUUGCCCACAAGGAAACUCAGUUCCAAUCAGAUACCUUUCGGAAGACAUCAAUUAAGUCAAAUAUGAAUGCAGCGAAUUCUACAGUACCCCUUAAAUUCUGCAAGUUCCUCGUAGGCGAAGAUGUUGCAGGAUUCUUGGUUGGGCGGAAGGGCGUUGGCAUUGAGGAAUUCCAAUCUCGAAAUGGACCAGGGCUAAAAGUCAGCGUUUCAAAGCGGGGAGAACUUUUUCCUUGUUUGUUGGAGCGAACAGCGACUGCCGUUGGAGUUGGUGAUGGAGUGGAGCGCGCUUUACUAGAAGUGUCUCGCGUAGCACUUGACAGAGCGAUGCAUAAAGAGGAGGAGAGGCGAAUUGACAAUGGAAAAAAAAUAUGCAAGCCCAAGGGAUGCUUUAAACUCGUCGUGCCUGAGUCUGCCCUUGUGCAUAUAUUCACGCCGGAUGCCGAGGGGCGUGUGCCUAUGCUGGAAGUUGCUAAGAAGCACGGAGUUGAGAUUCUCUCUUCUGCGGAAGGCGGAUAUCUGCACAAUAAGAUUCACCAUUUGGGACUAAAGGUGCCGAAGUCCCCUGUUCCCUUUUGA